CCUAUAAAUAAAAUAAAUUUCAAAUAAUAAUAAUAAUAAUAAUAACAAUUAAUAAUUUUUUUUAAUAUUUAUUUAAAAAAAAAAAACAAUUCUAUUUAUUAAUUUUUUUACAAACUUCAAACAAAUAACUUUAAUCUCAUAUAUAUUUAAAAUGUCAUCAAGUGCUUAUAAAAAUAAUAUUAUUAAACUCUGUCUCAUGGGUGACGGUGGUGUUGGUAAAACUGCAAUUUGUAUUCAAUUUACUUCAAAUCAUUUUGUUGAAUACUAUGACCCAACUAUCGAAGACUCAUACCGUAAACAAUGUGUAAUUGAUGAACAAGCUUGUUUAUUAGAUAUCCUUGAUACAGCAGGACAAGAAGAAUUAACUGCCAUGCGUGAUCAAUGGAUUAGAAGUUGUGAAGCUUUUAUUAUUGUAUAUAGUAUUACCAGUCGUUCAUCAUUUGACCAAGUUGCUAUCUUUAAAGAACAAAUUUCAAGAGUUUUAGAUAGAGAUCAAAUUCCAAUGAUGUUAUUAGGUAAUAAAAGCGAUUUAGAGGAUCUCAGACAAGUUACUACUCAAGAAGGUAGAGAUCUUGCUCGUUGUCUUGGAAUGAUGUUUAUGGAAGUAAGCUCAAAAACAAGAACUGGUAUUGAAGAAUCAUUCUAUGAAACCGUUAGAGAAAUGAGAAGAAGAGAUGAUGAAUCUAAAAAGACUAAAGAUGAUUCCCAUAAAAAGAAAUCAUUCAAAAAAUUAUUAAACGAAAAAGUUGGUAAAAUUAAAGAAGCUAAAACAUCUUUUUGUAAAAUGAUGUAAAAUAAUGUAUAAUAUAUAAUAAUAACUGUAUCAAUAACAUACAAAACUAAUGUAACAUAAAUCAUCCCUGUAUAUAAUCGAUAUAAAAAUAAAACCCCUCUGUAUAUAAAUAAAUAAAUAUAAAUUAUAAAAACUCUUUGUACGGAACAAAGAGAAAAAUUUUU